GAAGCGCCAUCUCCGAAAUAUUUCUCGAGAAAAUAUUCACGGACACGUAAUGGUUCCGUCUUGCACAGACGCCGCCAUAUUGUACGGGAGAAACGAGAGGCGCAACCACGCCAUUGUGCACAUCACGCGAUUUCUCGUCCGAUUGUAAGAACAACGAGUAAGGAAUUAUUUAAAUGAAUGGACAACAUGUACAGUAACAACAUUGACCCCUGGGAGCCAGGUUAUGGGCCUGAGAGAAGAGGACACAAUACCGAUUAUGACUAUCGCAAUGAUUAUGGAAACAGCAGAUCACCGGAUUAUGGGGAGCACCGUGACAAUGAUCAUCGUGAUAGAGACCAUCGUAGUCCAGAAUAUAGAAAUCAUCGGGGGAGAGACAGAGACCGUGAAAGAGAUCGUUCAAGAGACAGGAGAGACAGGAGUAGAGAUGAUAGAGACCGUAGCUACAGAGACAGAGAGGAUCGAUAUGGAAGACAAAGGGAUAGAGAUUCCGUAGAAAGAGACAGGGAUCGGGACCGAGAUCGUGACAGAGACAGAGAUCGUUCUAGGAGAGACAGAGAUAGGGAUAGGGAUAGGGAUCGUAGAGGGAAACGGGACGACAGAGAUCGGGAUCGCGAUGAUGAUCAUAGCAGAGAAAGUAUGGACUUUGAGCAUGACCAUGGACGUACUUAUGGUUCGUCCAUGGAAGGCAUCCACUACAAAUCUCAAUCUCCAAACAACACCAUAAUGAUUCGUGGGCUUGCUCAACAUAUAACAGAAAAUGACGUGCGGCAAGACAUCCUCAACUGUGGUCUCAUGCCAAAGGACAUCAGGCUGAUUCGUAAAAAGGAUACAGGUGCUUCGCGAGGUUUUGCAUUCGUCGAGUUUAACGCGACUCAGGAGGCCGCACGGUGGAUGGAGAUGAAACAGGGAGUACUGAUGCUGCAGGACCAAUAUCGUGCCUUGAUGCAGUACAGUAUACCGAAAGAUUGCCAUGUAGAUAAGCCACCAGCAAAGAAUACGCAAGACUGGCACUGCGUUAAGUGUGGCGCGCACAAUUUCAAGAGACGCGAGACAUGUUUUAAGUGUUCCGCCUCGAGAGCAGAGAGCGAAGAGGGUGGAGAGGGUAGCGAUGAGAUUAGCCCGCAUCCUACGAACACUGUUCUUCUGCGAGGUUUAGACGUUCUGACCACCGAGGACUCAGUUCUGCAAGCAAUGAAAAAUCUCUCGUCGAUGCCUAUACGCAGUAUACGUAUCGGCCGUGACUCGCUGACAAACACGUCGAGGGGUGUCUGUUACUUGGAGAUGGGCAACGUGGUGGACGCCAUGUAUUUGCACACGGCCCUCACUAAGCAAGGGUUGGUGGUGGACGGUAGGAAGGUGGAAAUCACGUACUGCAAGCUUCACCAAAUAAGUAACACUAACACGUGGAAGGCGAACGACAGUCAACCGCAGAGGUACACUUUAGACGACGUUGCUCAAUUGGCAGAGUACAGUGCCAACCUAUACGCUAAGACACCUGCGCAGAAAGCUCACUAUCUUCAGUAUUACACGCAAUAUUAUCAGAAUCAAAUAAUGCAAGGCUCGACGAUUACGUUGCCGUCAUUGAACCAGACUGAUAGAGUAAACGCGGCGGCGGCCGUAGCACAAUCCGCCAUACAGCAGUUGCAAGCAUCCAGGAAAUUAGGCGACGCCGACGAGAUGAAGAACAGACCGACGCCCACGGCGCCGACUAGCACCUCGCUGGCAAGCGGAAGAGUCCCUGCACAUGCUGGAGAUGCUGUGCCGGAUGUCAGCACCUAUCACUACGACGAGUCCUCGGGCUACUAUUACGACCCAAGUACAGGAUUAUAUUAUGAUCCCAAUUCGCAAUAUUAUUACAAUAGUCACACGCAGCAGUUCCUUUAUUGGGACGCUGAAUCAUUUUCAUAUCAACCGGCGAAGACUGCUACAACCGUGACACAAGCGACAGGAACGACGACCAGCGGGACUACAAUAACCGCCACCGCUAGUAACACGGACUCGACGAACACCGUCACCAAUCAGGCGACAACUUCGUCGGUCACGAGUGCGAUCCAGGAGUCGUCGAAGGAAGACGAGAGUAAAAAGAAAGACAGCAAGCAAGAUAAAGUGAAGGUAGCAAAGAAAAUAGCAAAAGACAUGGAACGCUGGGCGAAAACGUUGAAUCAAAAGAAAGAGAAUGCGAAGAGUAAUUGGAACUCCGAGUUCGCUGGCGGUGAUGGCAAUCAAGGGGUUGGAAGCGGAGCCGCGGACGCGGGGUACGCCAUAUUGGAGAAGAAAUCUCUCGCGAGUUCUUUCCACGAGGACGAAGAUCAGAGCGGGAAUAACGGUUUAGUCGCUGCCUAUGGCGGUGGCAGUGACACGGAAGAGGAGAUAGAGGAUGUGCAACAGGAAGAAAGACAACACACGGAUUGGACGAAGUUGGCCUGUUUGUUGUGUAAACGACAGUUCCCGAGUAAAGAAGCUUUACUCCGGCACCAGCAGCUGUCGGAGCUUCAUAAACAGAACUUGGAGAAUUGGUAUCAAGUUCGUGGCUUGGACCCUAAUGAUCCGCAACAGAGGAACAACAAGUAUCGAGAUCGUGCCAAAGAAAGAAGAGCAAAGUAUGGAGAACCAGAGCCUCCGCAGCCGAACAAACUGAAAGAGAAAUACCUGAAGACGAGGGUCGAGGAAAUAUCUGUGUCAUACGAGGAACCCACGAGAGCCGGCAUUGGCUCGGAUAACGUUGGCAAUAAGCUGUUGCAAAAAAUGGGCUGGAGCGAAGGAAUGGGCCUUGGGAAGUCUAACCAAGGUAGAACGAGUAUCAUCGAGGCUGAGAGAAGAGUUCCUACGGCCGGCUUAGGGGCGAAAUCAUCGUCGUACAGCGCACUA